CGCAGAAGUACGCUCGCGCUUCCCCAAUAGAUACAACAUGCCGCAGAGUUGUGAAUCCUAACCCUAAGCCUAAAAACCUCAACGAAUGACUUUUGUUCAGGCGAAAUAACAACUCUCUUGGAAUUUAGCUCUCAUCUCUACGUGCUCUUUUUGCGGCAGCGAGUCGCGUUGUAAGAUAGCGUCAACUAAUAGUUCCGCUAAUCGCAUUAGUUCCUUCUCUGUACGAUUUUUAGAACAAUAAACGUGUUUCUGGCAAUGUGCAUCAAAUCAAUGUUGACAACGAGCCGCCGAGAAAUUUUGAAUAAAGUCAAAUGCAAUGAAUUUUGCUGAGCAGUCUGCAUUGUUUUGAAGGAGAAAUAGAUCUUACACCAAGAUAGCACUUUUCCGAGGAUUUCUUUUUUGUAUAUACUUUUCGCUGUAGCAGCUGUACCAUUCUAAGUACAUCUUCUAGUAGUGGCUUCCUACAUUUUUUGUAUAUCUACUUAUAUCUGAAACUAACUUUUCUUCAUUUUCAAAUUAUCCGACAAUGGGCGGAAAAGCGCGGACAACAUCAAACACGCCCAGGAUCGUCGUCUUGGCGGCCUCCGCGGUCGUAGCUAGCGUAACUAGCGGCCUCGUCCGCAGCUGCUACGCAGCGGGCACAGGAGGAGUAGGAGACCGCGACCCAUGGCGGAUCCGGGAGCCGCGCGCGCCCCCGCGGGAGGAUUUGUUAUCAAUGCCAAAGAAGAAAGUGUUGAAAAGGGCACGGAAAGAGGCAAACAUACGCGACCUCGGAGAGGACACCAGCACCAGCAGUGAGGACGAAGAAGAGGAUCAGCCGCCAACCAAACAGCCGAGAGCGGAAAUCAUCGCCAUUACAGGCACAGGCUUUGGCCAUGACCAUGAAGAUGAUACGUCGACUCAACGUCAAGAGCGAUCCCCGCUAGAUGAGAUGCUCGUCUCCGCGCACGAAGGCAGUGGCGGCACUGGGGGCUCACCGGAUUUUCGCCCGGAGGGAGGCGACCAAGUAGACCAAGGCACGCCCGAAGCGUUGAUCAACCUGAACGGAGCACCUGUAGCCUCACUGUUCCCGGGACGAACAAGUGCAGAUCACACCUCCACCUCGAGUAUGUCAGCACACACUGGCACGCCACUACCGGACGCUUUGCUUGCUGCAGUUCCUGACAACCUCAAAAAAUUUUUGGAUCCGGCAGAGAGCGCAGCUCUAGCUCGAGCUACAUCACAUCGUGAUGAUGCACGUCCGGUAGAAGUACAACCUCCACCAGCGCCUUCGUCGGACUCACCUAGUAGAAGUCGCGAAAAUCGAGGUGAACAAACUCAAAAACCGAUGUCCGAAGCGUUCAACACAGCAUCGCAACAGAGACCACAGUCGACCAUAGUACCGCUCUGCGGGCAUUGCGCGGAAGAUAGCAAAGCGCACGGGCAAGAACGACAUGCAGGUCGUCCACCUGUGGACGAUGCUGCACUAAAUGUAUCAAAUUCGGUAGGACAAGAACCCUCUGACGCAGACAAGGCAAAAACUUGGUUUCUCCACUCCGUGGCUCCGACCCUGGAGAAGGUGAAAUCGUUUCUGAACCAGCAGCAGCUGCGCCUGUUGGGGUUGACAAGGGAUGGGGAAAUAAGCGCUUCUGGAAGAACACCAGUUGCUCCGUUUGAUUGGGAUGAAACGAUGGAUUUUCGUGUGACAGAGUUGCUGGGGGCUGAUCCACAUGAACAUCAAACAGCGAACCCGGAAAAUGCGCGUGGAGGUUCCACCGCAGUCGUGAGGAAACUUCUUCACACACGUCUUCUGGAUUCUCUCCGUGCCCUCUUUUUUGCGGACAACAACCUGCCGGAUGGCGCCCAGGUGAGCGACGUAAACCAGCAAGCCGAAAUGUCUUCUAUCGAAGCGCAGGUACAAAUAGAAGUGUUUCGUAUUUAUUCACGGUGGGACUUUAUCCAGUUUUUCUUGUCUUGUGCAGAGACCACUGAGAAAAAAAAAAGACCUUGACCUUCAAGUAGUACAUGCGCAUAAGUACUUAAAAUUAAAUCGAAUAUGAUACCUUCUUCUCCAGUUUUCGCCAUCCCGGACUAGCUGCAAAACUGGAGCCAACAUACCGCCCGCGUCGCUUGUUCUCAUUAACCGGCUUGAGGCCUUUGCGCAGAAUUUUCUGGAGUAUUUGUUUCGACAGGAGCAUGAGCAAUUGUUGCAGGUGCAGGACCGUGAGUUCUUGGACAAGAUGUUUCCAAGUUGGCGCACACAGCUGCACCAACAGCAAGCCCUCUUCACCGAGGCGGACUUUGAGAAGUCCAGCGCGGUCUCGGUGUAUAUCCGGAAAUUUCUCGACUACAACAAGCAAGGCAUCCAAAUGCGCGCUGCACAUAGAGUCGUUCCCCCCGGUGGAUCUCCACUCCUUACGUCUUCAAACGGUGCUGGUGUAGUCGGGUCAACGUCAACUGACGAAAUCGGAAUACUAUUCACCGGAUACAUGAGUGAGGAUGCCCAUUCUUCCCUACUGCGAGUGUCAGACUGGGAGAGGUGGCAAGUGCUGGCAAAGAUCACGAUCAGUGUGCCAGAAAGCGCUGAUCAUACCGGGAUCGCGACCGGCGCAAAGGUAUGAGUCUUACGUUUGAAAUUCAAAGGAGAUAUAAAUUGUUUUGUUUCAUUUUUGACAGGUACUGGUACUUCACGAUUUCCUAUAAAUUACAUGGCUUGACUUUGAUUUUUCUUGAUGGCUGCAAUCACCUGUGUCAGUCUUAGCGUAAUGUUUUAACGCUCUUUCGAAUAAAUACCGACUCGAAGUACUCAAACUCCAAGGCAUCAGCAGCGCACAUCGUAAUGAUCACCUAUUUGUUCACCACAGAUUCGAUUGGAGCUUCCCGGAAUGCUCGCUUUCAGCCCUCCAAGCUCCGAGCCACUCGAAGUUAAGAUGAACCACGCGCAGCACAAAAAGGAACUCUCUGGAAGAUCUGAACGGGGGCCCUUAAUCCUGGAUCUGAACGGUCUCACCUUGCCGCCACCGAAUAUGAUUUCUGCCAGACCCGACGACGGCACUUUUGAAGACCCAUUGGAUGCUGCUUUCGAAGAUCCGAUCGGAUUUUUCCGCAAGGACCAAGCGUUUCGUGCCUGGGUGCUUCAAGAUGUCCCGCUAUCCAAGCAGGCGGACCUUUUUGCCCACUACCAAAGCGCGCUACAAAGGGAAGCGGCGGUAAGAGGCCUGCGAGAGGAGAAGAAAGAGACGAAGCGACUGAACAUGCAAAGAAGAAAAACUUCCCGUCCCAAGUCGCAGUUGAUUAAGCGUCAGCAACAUAGGGAAAGCGGAAACACAGCGAUGAAAAGUCCUACACUACAAAGGAUGACCAGGGUCAAAAAAAGAGCUGGAACACUGAAAGACAAAAAAUAGAUAGUUCCCUGACUGUCGUGACAACUACGUAGUUGCUGGCCAGGUGUUUUGAUUGACAUCGGCUCCAGAAGAAGGACAUUGACGCAGCUGCAGAGUGAAUGACUAAUUAUGCUUGUUGUGCAAGAAGUCUAACAAAAAGGGCUGGCGCUCGUGUAGCAACAUGAAAAAUGAAAUAGAUACUGGUGCGGCGGAACAGGCGGAUAUCGUGGUGUAGUAUGCGAGUGGUUCUAGCUGCGGUUUGAAAGAAAGAUUCGAAGUUUUGAUUACUAGAACAAAGACAUGUGCCACUUAGCUGGCCAGCAUUGGCCUGGUUUUGGAGUGUGGCACGUCGCACGAUGAAAAACAAAAAUUAUUAUACUAGCUGCUGUUGCCGCAUUAAAUAUAAGGUGAUGGGAUCCGUGGAAAAAAAUGAAAUUGGCGGUUAAGAGUUUAGUUUUUCGCGACAGCCACAAGCUAAACAAGUAUGCAAGCGGUCGGAUAAAGAGAAAGAAGCACGGUAUAAAUAAGAUGCUCGGCCAACUGCAUGCUGAAGACCCUGCCUCACACUCAUUCAAGACAAGACAGGCACUGGGUUCUAAGUAGGACCAGCAGGCAUGCCUACAGUAUCUUCAGCAGCGAAAUUCUGCUACUGAGUAGUGUUGAGCCCGCGCUGCUGCACGAAAAAGGAGUAUAGUUGCGGAUGAAGAGAAUGACUAUGCUAAUUCUAUCUAGAUCCUGACGGUUGAUGUCAAUGUUUGUUGUAUGUGUACGAUUGCAAGUGCAUCUUCGAAGUGCUUAUGAAAGAUUGACAGUGAGAUGAAAAAUGAAGUUAUAGAGAUGGAACCAAUCACGAAGUCGAAGAGCACAAUAAUUAAGGAACAAAAGCAGGAAAGCAAACCCAGUAGAAAUGCGCUAGCAACCCUGGAUC